CCUCUUGUUCGGAGCUCUCCGUCGUGUGCUUCUUGUUGCUCUUCUUCUCGUGUAGACGACUGCCUUCCUGGCUGCAGACCCACACACCACUGCUUUGCUCUUGGCUCCGUCCUUCCCGCCAGCCUCUGUCCUAUACCCCAGCGUCCUUAUCUCAGCGGAACCCUCCUAGCCCCGCCUCACACACUCCCGGAGCCGCAGAGCCGUACCAGCAGUCCCACCCACACACACACACACACACACACACAUGACACUGGUUCUACGCAGAUUCUUCUCCGUGGCACGGGCCGCAGCUGACGCUGCGGCCGCUCCGUCGCUAAUCAAGCUCCACCCGGUCUCCCAGCUCAAGCAGAGACAGCUGCCGUCCUACGUCGGCCAGCCCAACUCGAUAGUCAAGUCGCUCAUCUGGACAACGCCGCCAAGCAACGUGCUCAUUGUGAAAAAGCCGUGGCACUCCAAGGUUCUCGACGCAGCCAUCACCUUCAUCCAGCACCUCCACGAAAACUACCCCUCCGUCAACAUCAUCGUCGUUCCAGAGGUCGCAGAGGAACUCAACGCCAUCGAGCAGACGGACACACGGCAAGGGGCGCCGGCGGCAGCAUCAGCAGACGGCGCCGACAAGCAACCCAUCAGCAUCUUCACCGGCCCGCUCGACGACAUCAUCUCCAGAACAGACCUCAUUGUCUCCCUUGGCGGCGACGGCACCAUCCUCCGCGGUGUCUCCCUCUUCUCGAACACAACCGUCCCGCCGGUCCUGUCCUUCUCCCUCGGCACCUUGGGUUUCCUACUUCCCUUCGACUUCAACAACUACGCCGACGCAUUCAAACAGGUGUUCGAGUCCCGCUCAAGCAUCCUCAAGCGGGAGAGAAUCGAGUGCCACAUUGUCAAGUCGAACCCGGACUCGGCAGACCUCAGCCAGCAGCGCAAGGACCUCGAAACGUCCUACCAGAACACUCGCUCCCUUAAUGCUCAAGAGGAAGUUGAACGUUUGAAACGCCUCUGCGCAGCCAUGGACGCCCCCUUCGAUAAGUUGACCGUAUCCUCCGAGCUCAAGUCCUUGAAGAAGUUGAAAAUCCAUGCCAUGAACGACAUCGUCCUACACAGAGGCUCCCUACCGGGAUUAGUCAACCUAGACGUCUACAUCAACGGCAACUUCCUCACCCGCACAACUGCAGACGGUCUCAUCUUCGCCACUCCAACAGGAUCCACCGCCUACUCCCUCUCCGCAGGAGGAUCCAUAGUCCACCCAGUCGUCAAGUGCAUCAUGCUCACGCCCAUCUGCCCAAGAAGUUUAUCAUUCCGGCCCUUGAUUCUCCCUCUCAACUCGCAUAUAUUGAUCAAGGUCAUUGGCAAAGAAAACGUCAAGAUCGACUACUCCAAGUGCAACGCAAAGCUAAGCAUAGAUGGCAUCCCGCAAUUGAAAAUGGUGCCUGGCGACGAGAUUCACAUCAUCAGCGAAAGUGUCUCAAGACUCAAUACCGUCAACGAUGAGGAUGAUGACGUCGCCUCAGCCGCCACCAUCUCUCCUCCUACCGUAGACGACUCUCCGGACACAGCAACUACCGGAAAAGACGUUCCAAGUAAGGUGAAGAUCGUGGGCAGACGUUCCCCAAAGAGAACAUCCGAAAGAAGCGGUGUUUGGUGUGUCGUCCAGAGCAAGGGCGACUGGGUGAAUGGAAUCAACGGAAUGUUGGGAUUCAACCUAGGCUUUAAAUCUUCCAAAUCGGAUAAAUGAGAAAAAAAUCCACUUUUUUAGUUAAGCUAUAUUCUUUC